AUGCAUCACUCUGCAACCUUUGCGGCUGUGGUUUCCCUAGCCACCGGUUCGCUUGCAGCAGUGGCAGGUCGCCAGCUUGUCCCUCGCGACGAUUGCGGCGGCCUUACCAAUGUACCGCUUAGCCCCGACCCUGCCCACUCCAGCUACACCUUCACCCUUGAUCCAACAGUUAAAGACGUGAUUGCCAACUUUGCUAAAUCAUCCGGCACCACUUUCAACACUAUAGUCGUCGAUCAAUACUGCUACGAGUCUAACAAUUGGGGAUGGGCCAACAUCACUCAGUUUGGCCCAGGUGCCGAAUAUACAAUUACAACGGAUAAAUGCGAAGACGGGAACAGCCGCUCGCCUCUGUCCUACUCAGUAAGCCUGUGCGUGGGCGACGGGACUGAAUGCAAUUCGACCAAUCCAUGGGCCGUAUGCGGCGCGCCUGGCGCCAGUGACAACUUUAGGCCGUUCUGCGCCGUCACGGAACCUUUGGGGGGCAACCCCAAGGCCGUUGCCCUUAACGACACAACGGCUUGGAGCUGCCAAGUCUGCCCUGGAUCGAGCAAUACCUGCGUGUGGUCUUGA